AUGUCGGGCAAUUACCAUUACAACAAAGAAUUGUUAGAAAAUCCCGCAGGAAGUGGGGUUGCGAUUACAGGAAUCUCUGGACGUUUCCCCAAUUCCAACAAUGUACUCGAACUCAGAACGACCCUCUUCAACAAGGAAAAGUCCCUCCGGGAGGACACUGGUCGUUGGGACCCGAACCUCUCUGGAAUCCCCCAAAAAUAUGGGGUGAUCAAAGACACAGAGAAGUUCGACUGUGGUUUCUUCGGGGUCCACCACCGUCAAGCCCAAACCAUGAGUCCAAUGACACGAAAGUCCCUCGAGGUUGUAAUGGAGGCCAUAUUUGACGCUGGUGUCAACCCAUAUCAGUUACAAGGCUCAAGGACUGUGGUGUUUUCGAUAACAUCAUGUACUGAUGGUGAAAUUUUUGCCACGAGUGGUACUCUUGAGACACAGAGUGGAUGGAUGAGGUCAGAGAUAGCGCAUCGGAUUAGUUACUUUCUGAAAGUUAAGGGUCCAUCGUGUGGCUUAGUUACGGAUUGUUGUGGAUCCUUUCUGGCUUUAGAUAUGGCCAACGCUAGUUUAAAGAUGGAGAAGUGUGAUAAUGCUAUUGUGGUUGCUUGUAAUGUACUCCAACAUCCUGAAUUUUGUCGGCAGGUAGCUGAACUGGGAGUUUUGACCCCUGAUGGUGAAUGUAAAGUUUUCGAUGAAAAUGCCAGCGGCUACGCUCGAUCUGACGCCAUCGCUUGUGUGUUCCUUCAAAAAGCAAAACAUGCCAAGAGGGUUUAUGCAAAGAUCACCCAUAUUAGAACAGCGAAUGAGGGCUACAAAAUCGGAGGCUUACUCGUACCGUCAUCCAAAACACAAGCCGAGUUAAUUGAAGCUACUUUAUCAGAAUCGGGAAUCAACCCAUCCCAGAUUGGUUACCUGGAAGCUCACGGAACCGGGACCAUUUUAGGUGAUCCACAGGAAGCAGAGUCCAUAGAUGUGGCUAUUGCCCAAAAACGACAAAAACCUCUUCUUAUUGGUGCUACUAAAAACAAUAUAGGUCAUACUGAGGCGGCAUCAGGACUUUGUUCUCUAAUUAAAGUUAUCAUUGCGAUGGAAUCUGGGCUAAUUCCACCAACCAUUAAUAUCGAUCAAUUAAGAAAGGGGAUCAAAGGUUUCCAGGAAAAUCGAAUGAGGGUGGUCACCCAAGUGGAAGAACUACCAAAUAAUACCUACAUUGGAAUCAACUGCUUUGGUUGGGGAGGAAACAUUGCCCACUUGAUCGUAGAACCUUCAACCAAGAAAGUUGACAACGAGUCGUCACCAAAUGACUUUCCAAAACUAGUUUUGGUUAGUGGAAGAAGUAAACAAGCAGUUGUUGAAACACUUCACCAAAUAAAUCGACAACCAAAUGCAGACUUUGUAAAUUUGCUGCACCACAUCUUCAAAGACAACGUCAAUGGACACAUGUAUAGAGGAUUCACGAUUUUGGAAGACGGUCAACAAGCUAAGAUAUCUGUGGAGUUGUACCGUCAACACCCAAAGAAACUAUUUGUGUUUUUUGGACCUCUUGAAAGUGGUUUCUUGUUUUUGAAACAACAGUCAAUAAAAGUGUCCCUUUUUCGAGACACUGUUGGUUUUGAAGAGGUUUGUUCAGCUAAAAGCCAACUUCGACGAAAACGAUACCUUGCUUGGGGGGUUUGCGUUACAACUGGGUAUAGCAAAGGUGCUGAGAGUGUUGAAGGUUGAG